AUGACGAAGCCAACUUCCACAGGUGCCAAGGUAAAUGUUCUGUUUGUCUGUCUGGGAAACAUCUGUCGGUCUCCUAUGGCCGAAGGUGUCUUCCGGAACUUGGCCUCCUCCCACCCUCUGAUUAAUGAGAUCGAUUCCGCCGGCACGGGGGCCUACCAUGCCCUCGAGCCUCCCGACUCACGAACUCUGUCCACUCUCCGCAAACAUGGCAUCACUAACUAUAAUCACGCGGCGCGAAAGAUCACCAAGGAGGACUUCCUUACAUUCGACUAUCUACUCGCCAUGGACAAACACAACCUUCGCGAUCUUCUUGAUGUCCGUGACUCUGUCCUGGCAUCCAUGAACAACAAAUCCAGUGAUGUAGCGUCGCGGGGCACCAAGGGCACCCGGGCAGCUACCGCCGCCGCGCUUGCGGCGAGCGGGGAAGCGGGUGCCAAGGUUGCAGAUGUGCGGCUGUUUGGUGAUUUCGGAGCCGAUGGUGUGCUGCAUGAUCGAGUUGGUGGGGGAGAAGUGGUGCAGGAUCCAUAUUAUGGAGGUGUCAACGGAUUUGAAGAGGUUUACCACCAGGUGAAUCGGUUCUCCAAGGGGUUUUUGGAGUAUCUGGAGAAGAACCACGACAUCGAGGUGGAUAACUAG